AUUUUAGGUCUGGCAAAUUUGGACACAAAAUCCUGCGGCAAAAUUGGUACCUACGCAUUGAUAUACUACUUUACUACUACUUUGAUGGCGGUCAUUUUGGGGAUUGUUCUUGUGGUCGCCAUUCAUCCAGGAAAUCCGGCCAUCAAAGAGAACCACGUCAGUACCACCACCUCCUCAAAAACCAGUCCUCACACAUUGGACGCCUUCCUUGACCUCUUCAGGAAUAUGUUCCCGGAGAAUGUCAUUCAAGCCUGUACAAAACAAGUUUUAAGUCAAAUGAAGAAUGUAACUGUGCAAAUGAAGGUGCAUGAGGCAAGUACCUGUAAACAUCUUUCUUACCCCUCCAACAAUUCCAUCGACGUGGCUAUUGUAGGUUUGGUCACCUUCUCAGUAGCUUUUGGUCUCGGUAUCGCCAGUAUGGGAAAGCAAGGUCGUCUUAUGCUAGACUUCUUCAUUAUCAUGAAUGAAAUCAUUAUGCGUCUUGUCCGUGUCAUUAUGUGGUACGCUCCAAUCGGUAUUAUCUUCCUCAUUAUUGGUCAAAUAAUUGCCAUAGAUGAUUUAAUGAGCACUGUCACUGGCUUGGGUCUCUACAUGCUGACAGUGAUUUCCGGUCUUGCAAUUCACCUCUUCCUCACUCUUAUGCUGAUGUACUUCAUCAUUUGUCGCAAAAAUCCCCUCCUCUAUAUGCGAGGACUUUUCCAGGCCUUCUUUAUGGCUCUUGGAACGGGGUCCAGCUCGGCUACUCUUCCCGUUACAUUCAAAUGUCUUGAAGAGAACUUGGGCAUAGACGCCCGAGUGACUCGCUUUGUUCUUCCAAUUGGUGCUACAGUUAACAUGGACGGUACCGCUCUCUACGAGGCCGUUGCUUGCAUUUUUAUUGCGCAGAUUAAUGAAUACGCUCUCUCCAUCGGUCAGCUCGUCACUGUUAGUAUAACCGCCACAUUGGCAGCGAUCGGAGCUGCUGCGGUGCCAAGCGCCGGCCUGGUUACUAUGGUGAUGGUGCUUACUUCCGUUGGUCUCCCAAUCAACGACAUUGCCCUCAUCUUUGCUGUUGACUGGAUGCUAGAUCGAAUUCGUACCUCUAUCAACGUGAUGGGCGAUGCCUUUGGGGCAGGAAUAGUGGCUCACCUUUGUCGUGAACAGCUUCGAGUUCCGGCGAAGCGUCUCAACAGUAUCAGCGUUGCUGUGCCGCGCACAAAGUGGAACGACAAACAGGAAGACAGUGCUGACGAGUGCGAAGGUGAAGGCAGUAACCACCAAGAUAUUUCGAUGGAACUUGUGGAAGCCAGUGUGGCACAAAGAGAGUAA